AUGCCAAUGGCCCGCUUUCUUGGCCUUCGAGGCAGCCGCCUUAAUGCUGCUACCAUCAUCUGUGUUCUGAUGCCUGGUAUCCUUUCCGUGGGCUACAACGCCGCUUCACUGGGUGGUGUCCUGAGCCUCAGGAGCUUUGAGAUGCAGUUCCGUGAAAUCGAUGUGGACGAGGCACUGGACAAAAAUCAUGCGUCCGCUGUUCAAGGCACCGUGAUGGCAGUCUACACAAUUGGUGGCUUCCUUGGUACAUUUACUUGCAUUUGGCUUGGUGACCUCCUGGGCCGUCGAAGAAUCAUCAUGUGGGGGGCAAUUGUCCAGAUCGUCGGCGCGGUUCUCAACUCCUGUGCUUACAAACUGGCACAGCUGGUUGUUUGCCGUCUCGUUCUGGGUCUUGGGACCGGUGCUUUGCUGGGAACCAUCCCUCUGUGGCUCACGGAGAUCUCUCCGGCCGUCAAGCGUGGAUCGCACGUGGCUACGAAGGGCAUCUUCGGUGGUCUUGGGUGCGCGAUUGCUUUAUUUUUGGACUUUGGACUCUCCUUGAGGGAUGGCAAGAUGGCUUGGCGCCUACCUGCAGCCUUCCCUAUUAUCUUCUCCCUCACCGUCGCUGGGUUCAUCACUUUUCUCCCCGAGUCACCUCGCUGGUUGAUACAGCGUGGCAGAAUCGCCGAAGCUCGCGAUACACUCGCAGCGCUGGAAGACCUGGCUUUGGAUGACAGAGAGCUUGAAACCCGCAUCGAAGAUAUGCAGGCAUCUCUGAGACGCUCUGGCAAUCAAAAUACAUUGAGACAGUUAUUCUCGAUGGGCCCUCAGCGAACGUCUCAUCGUGCUUUUCUUGCUAUGACGGCCAUGACUUUUCUCCAGCUCACAGGUGCCACGGUGACUCAAUUUUACACCACCGCCAUUUUCGAAAACAAUCUUGGCUUGCAAGAAUCCACCUCCAGACUUCUCGCCGCCGUGUAUCAGCUCAUGGGUCCCAUCGGUGGCAUCCUUUGUGUACUGACCAUUGAACGACUGGGUCGUCGAGCCCUGCUGAUGAGUAGUGCGGCGGGCAAUACGAUCUGUUUGACAUUGAUCGCCAUUCUCGGCUCCAUGACCGGGAAUCUUGCCGCCGCUCACGGAGCCGUGCUCUUCAUCUUCCUGUUCCACUUCAGUUACAUCAUCGGCUUCGGAAGUAUUCCAUACCUCUACGCGUCCGAGAUCGCACCUAUGCAGCUUCGCGUCACAAUCAGCAGCAUCAGUAUCAGUAUCUCAUGGGCGAUCAGCAUUCUGGUCGCCAAUGUCACGCCGAUCGCUUUCAACAACAUGGGCCAGCGAUACUUUCUCUUCUACGCCGGAUUCAAUGCUUGCAUGAUCCCCGCCGUUUUCUACUUUUUCCCAGAGACGUCUGGACGUAGCUUGGAAGAGAUUGACGAGGUCUUCACUUGUGCCAAAGGAUUCCUGGAUGCGGUCGCCAUUGCAAAGAAACUCCCGCCCCGAAUGCAACUCGAGAUACCGGCGGUGCCUGAGAAGGGGAUGUUGGUGGAUGCAAAGAGUCUUGAUAGCCCCCUUGAAAGUCCUAUCUAG